CGCCUUAAAGAGUCAGUGCGUGAAAGAGAACUCGAACGAUUCUUAAAAGAUUCAUUCAAUCCCCCCGAAUCGAUCACGAAAACCACUUCCAGCUACAGUUCCAACACUAAUUGUUAAGGAUGCGAUUAAGUUUGCAGCCAAAAGUAAAAAAUAUAUAUUGAGAAAAGUACUUAAUCAGACUUUGAAUCUGCGGGUUUGUGUUGAGCUCAAUGCAAUUCUCCUAUUUCAGUUUCACUUUUGCAAACGAAUCAGGAAACAAAAACAGCAUAUGUGAUCUUACAAGCCUGUGAAGUUUAAGAUAAUAGUAUUUGCUCAUAAAGUGUAAGGAAUCGAAGCAGGUGUAAUGAUCAGUGAUUAUGGAAAACAGACUUGACGAGAACCACUCGACUACUCUGACGAACAAACAGCGUGGAAAUGAAGUCACAGUCCGACCGGCCACUUUAGAUAACCUCUCAAUUCAUCAGCUGGCAGCCCAUGGAGAGAUUUCUCAACUGGAGAUACAUUUAUCCAAAGAUAGCUCUCUGCUUGACAGUCAAGAUGAGAGAGGUUUCACACCACUAAUGUGGGCUGCCGCAUUUGGAGAGAUAAUGAUGGUGGAGUUUCUCCUUCAGAAGGGGGCAGACCCAAGAACACUUGCUCGGGAACGAGAAAGUGCCCUGUCUUUGGCCAGCGCAGGAGGAUUUGCAGAUAUUGUUAAUAUUCUCCUACAACAUGACAUUGAUAUUGAUUCCUAUGACUGGAAUGGUGGGACCCCUCUUCUGUAUGCAGUUCGUGGUAAUCACAUAAAAUGUGUUGAAGCUCUACUAAGACAUGGGGCAGAUAUCACAUUUGAGGCAGACUCUGGAUACAGUCCUGUUGCCCUUGCUGUUGCAUUGGGCCACAAAAAAGGUCAUUCAAGGUCAGGACUUAAGAAGAUUCAUUGAAAAUCAAGAGCAACAAAAAAAGAGUUUGUGGUUUCAAGCACAGGAUUGGUUAGUAAAACAUUUAGUGCUGUUUGAAAAUAUUGCAAUAAAUUACAGCCAUUUUACAGUGAAAUUCAAUUUGUGCAAUAUGUUAAGCAUGAAGAAGCCAUACAAUCUGUUAUAUUGCUGUUGAUUUUCAAUCAUUGUUCUGUGUUGAAAAUCACCACUCAAAGAAUGAUAUAUGGAUGGCAUUUUCUUUUUGCAUGCCGUAGGUUGAUACAAUAUUCACAGCCAAUCAAUUAUUCUGAAUGCCAUUUGAUGUCCCACAAGGCACUCUGUGCUUUAAUAAGCUGAAAAUAGCUCCAAAUAGAAGACACAUCUGUUUGCUCUGGAGCAAUUAGCGAUAUGUCUGAGCCGUUCCAUGGUUUUUGGCAAGUCUCGUACUUGUCCCCGGCACCAGAAUUUUCUGCUUCAAUAUUAGCGCAACUCAUAAUUAAACCCUUUAGGAGCGAAGCAUUUGCACAAUAUGCUCGGCUGCUUCCGUUACAAAGUGCAGUCACUCGUGCUUUAUUCUCUUACAACUGCAAGCAAAAGAUUUCGAUUAUUGUCUCUUUUCCAGUACAUUGUCUUAGAGAGGCUGGCAGUCAUUUUUCAAGGUGUGUGCUACUGCCAGCACUAAAUUCGAAAUAAGAUUGAUGGACGCAGAAAAGAAGAUUGACGACGAGGAAAUGUUCAGUAUGUGCCCUAAUCACUGUUUGUUAAAUAGAAAGCUUUCAGUUGCUAAUGGAUGUUUUAUUCUUUGUAAUGGUGAUGUUAAAGGGAAAUCAGCUUUAAAAUGUGGUUGUCAACUAUAGGUAUUUGCCUAGGUGCAUAUUUUCCAUAACUGAAACGAUGAAAGCAGUUUUCUUCCUGUUGGAGAUAAAAAUCACAAGACUGGUCUUGUUAACACCAGCAAUGAGAUUAAAUGGAGUGAUUCUGUCAAUCACCAGAAUUUCGUCCCCUUGGAAUACAAGGUUCUAUCUGACAUUUUGGUCAAAAUUGAGUUAUUCACAUAUUCUUAUUCUGAGACAACUUAUUUACAGUAUGUGAUUUUUUUUUUUUUUUUUUUUGGUUUUGGGACUUUUUUUUUUAGAAAACAACAAGGUUCUGUCUACAAAGUCGAACUCUAACUUGUUUCUGUAAGGUUCUAUCUAUGAGCCAUUUAGCACUUUGAAUGCACACAAGAGGACCAAUCAGGAUCAGCUUUCUUUGUCAUGUCACCAGACUGCUCCGUGACAGCGGAAAAGAGAGCAGAAAAUGCGAAAUCAUUGAAAACUAAACAAUGCCAUGCAACGCGAUGUUUAUUAGAAUCCUCAUAAUUGACUAUUUUAUUUAUGAUCUUGUCAAUGACAGCAGCCCAAAUUGCAGGGAAUUUCAGUCUCUUUUUUGUGUUUUGCUUUAGCUAUUGCUGAGAAGUUAUUUUCAUAGUUAGACACCACGCUAGCCAGCAGCGCUAUUGAGAGGUAAGACUAAAGGGUAGGUUCAGGUUUUUCAGUCUAUUUGCUGUAUUCCAGUCAUGUCAUUGUUAUACGAGAGAGGUUAUGUUUUAACCUUGAUCCAUCCUGUGUACUUGUAUUGAGCUGUUUGUAGCUAUAAAGCUCUACGAUAUGGCAUACCGGAUUAAAGUGUAUAAACUAUGACAUUAAGUGAGAUGAAAUGUUUAAUUUCACAUUGUUGGUAAAAACUGAGUUGUUGCAUAGUUUAAAUAAUUUAAAUAUUUUAAAUGUGAAAUAUUUUUAAUUAUAUGUAGUCAGUGAAACAUUUUUCAAAGUUUAUUAAACUUUGCUG